AACCUAGUCAAGCCUUUAUCUGUACUGGUUCGAGCCUACCCAAGCCUACCCUACUCCAAUCUAGGGUAGGCUCGUGCCUACCCAGGCCUCGUGGCUCCGCCGCCUAUGCUACUAUGUAUUUCAAACGAUAGCUAAUUAUAAGAGUUUUGACCGACUUUUAAUUGAGAUAAUUAGGAGACGAUGAAUCUUCUACAAUGACAUCAGUUUCAUUAAAUCGAACAUCGAAAUAGUUUACUUUCAAUAUUUGAUUCUCGGCCAUCUCUGUUCAUGUCAUGUCUGAUUUAAUAUCAACUGGCAUCGUCUUUUCAUUUUUGUUUUGUCAAACUAAAUUUUUUUUACUGAACAGAAGCCAUUAUGUUAGAUACUUAAAAUAUGCUUGAGAUUUGUUGAUAGAUUGGUAUCAACAAAAGAUAACGCAACCAACAACCAUGAUAGCAGCAUUCCAAUUCAGUAGUUUGUAUUUCACAUCAAAUUGAAGUUGAAUCAAUUGAAACAUUUGCAUUCGAUUAAUGAUCCUGUUGUUCAGAUUUGCAUCUGUCUUGAUUGAAUCAAUCUCAGAUUAUAAGAGAUGAACUCCAUCAAGAAUCAAAUUCAGUUCUUAAAUAAAUCACAAUAACUAUUCAAACAAAAUAAACAAAAUAAGAAGGUAAAACAAAGAUGAGCUUCUAAAAUCGUGCAUUGUGGUUUGAAUCUGGUGGCCUGAUAACACAUAACAUGCGAUAAUACAAACUGCAAGCCUUCUAUUAUAUUGAUAAUUUAGAAGACGAAGCAUCUAAAAAUACUUUUUCAAUGUUACUAUUUUAAUGUUAAAAUCGUAUAAAUAACAUCGGAUCAAUCAUAUGAUUACUCGAUUCGAGCUAAUAAUAUACUUGACAAGAUUUGAUAGUUGAAAAAAGCAUCUUUACAGUAUGGUAUGAGUAAAUUAAAAUCCGUACUUGGUCAGCAGAAGUGAUUUUAAUUUUUUAAUUAUCCAUAAAUGUGGAUAUCAUUUAGAAAGGCACAAAUUAUGAUAAUUCAUAAGUAUUCGUAUUAUUAACUAAAAUAAUCGCAUCUCAAUUUAUCUAGAUCAAAGUCAUGUUUUUAGUGAACAAGAGUUUAAAUGAUGUACUUUUUGAAUGAUUAAAAUUUCGUUUGACAUUAAUAACAAAGCUUUUCUAAAUAUUAUUCUAAUGUGAAUUGAAUAAAAUCGAAAAAAGAAUACAUUCUAUCUACAAGCAGUCAUUUUCAUUAUACUAGAAAUAUCCUCAUAUCGAAAGUAAAUUUGUCUCAAUAAAUUGAAACUUGGCCAUAUUCAAUCCAAUACACGAAUAAAUUCUUCUUAAGCAUUCAAAUCAACUAUCCUAUCGUUACUUUGACGUUCUAGAACUCAUACAUAUAUUAAGUGAUAGUAUUGUAGCUUUCUUCUAGUUCUAGCAACUAGUAGAUCAAAAAUUAACGAAUACAUCAGCUGUUUUCAGCACGAUACAAAAAUUAAUUUAACUAUACAGAAAAGAUUAGGGAUAGGUAAAAAGAAUGCUUAGGAUCUUCUAGAAUCAUCGAAAACACGCCAUCCUCUUCAAGCCUAAUCCAAUAAGUUUCUUUUUAUCAGUAAGUGUAAUUAUAUCAUAUAACAAAAAACUAACGACGAUGAUAAGAAUAAGCAACUUUUAGUUAUAUGAUUUAUUUCGAAACAAACAACAUAAAUAAUGAAAGAAUUGAUAAUGAAUAUGACUGAUAAUUUAAUCUAAGGUACAUACAAAUGUUAGAAAAAUAAGGGUUUAACAUUAGAUAUAUAAAAAAGAAGAUUCAACUUUUAUUUUAAAUUCUGCAUAAAUUUUUGAAAAAUGCAUCAAAAUGUAUUUUUUUUUCUGUCAUCAGUUUUACAUUUGUGAAAUGGUUACUAAUGAAAAUCUUUUUGGUUUUUUAGCAAACUUUCUGAAACAUCGAUAUUUACUAAUAGACAAACACAAUAUCUACAUGUAUGCAAUGAACAUCAAAAGAAAAUAUCAAAAUAGUCUCUGGAUUAUUUUAUGAAAACAUUCAAAAUAAGAAAAAAAAACUUACAAUAUUAAAAUAUUUCAAUUAAAGCUUUGUACAUAUUAUUCGUUUGAUUUUAAUUAGAUACAUUAUUUAGUUGUUGUUUGAGGUUAAACAAUUGAGGACUAUCAAUGUAACUAUCACAUGCAUAGCAAAAGAUUGAGCGAUCGGAAAAACUAAAACAAAUAUUAUGUCCAGUUGAUUCAUUAUGAUUCAGCAUAUGCUUUUGCUGAUAACGAGAACAGCCAAUCUAAUUGAACAAUUAAUAUAUAUAUAUAUAUAAACAUUUCGCUUGUUAAUGAAUAACUUACAUAAUUACAGUUCUCAUGUAGACAGGCCCAAUUCUCUUGUGUUUGAUUACAGUCAACACAAGGUGGCUGAUGCUCACGAUCAAGCUGAGUCAAUGAAAGUAAUAAUUCAACACGAUCACCCACAUGAGGACAAUCAUACUUUGGUGUGAUAGCAAAUGGCUUUAAAAAAGAAAAAUCAAAUUCAUAUUCGAUUUGAUCAAUGUACAGUAUUCUUACUUACACCUAUUUGAUUUUCGUCAUUCAUCUGCUCAGAAGUUAUAGCUUUAUUUGAUUCACUCAUUGUUCUUCUCAAUAGUUAACUACAAGAAUAAGUGAUUAAGUCAACUAAAACAUGUGUUGCUUUUUAUACACUGCAUUAGAUUGAUUGCUUCAAUGUGGUGAAAGAUUGUGACGCAUGGUAAUGAAAAUACGAGAGAACGAAAAAUGAAGUCGCAUAUAUGUUUUUACCUUUAGAAAUUGGUCUUGACAACACAUGUGUAUAUACUGUAUACAUAUGAUAGGGUGUGAAUCAUCUCUAAAUCCAUACAAACAUCCUUCUUGACUUGUGUUGCAUUAACUGUGCGAUGUACUGACUAGAGAAUAUAAUAGUUCAACGUUGAUUAAUAUCAUUUAGAUGUUGACGUACAUGAUUUAUAGUAUUAAAAUAAAUCGUUGAUAGAUAUCUGUUAGAUUUUCAAACAAUGAUUUUACCCUAUCCUAUUAUUAUACAUUAUUGAUUGCAAAUUUUAAACAUGUCACAAAUAAAAGUUUAAUUUUUUUUCUUUUUCAAUAUAUAAUCAGUUUUUCUUUUCUCUUUCAUAAUUAUUCAGCUGCAAUAGUUUCAUUUUAUGCACUGGUCUUGAUAGAAAAUAUGACUCGCAAAAAUUUAUUAACUUUCAAAAAGUUAUAGAAUCAAAAAUUUGAUAAAAAUUGCAAAAAACAAAAAAUUUUUAUAACUUAUAUUUAUUUUCUCACUUGUUGCUGAUUUUACGUAGAACAUCUCGUUUUUUUUAAUCAGUCUAUGUAACUAUUAAUGCAAAAGUAAUUGCCGAUAUUUCGAACGUAAGAAAAAAGGAUUUAUUGAUUAACUCUGAAUGAGAAAAAGAUUCGAUACCAAACUAAGGUGUGGGUGUGUGGGUGUGGAUGUGGGUGUGGGUGUGUGGGUGUGGGUGUGGGUGUGCGGCUGUGGGUGUGGGUGUGUGGGUGUGCGGCUGUGGGUGUGGGUGUGGGUGUGAAUGGUAAAGGGAUGAUCUAGAGUAAGAACCAUCCCCACCCCUAUCCCCACCCCCACCCCCACCCCUACCCCCACCCCCACCCACACCCACACCACACACCACACCCCACGCCCACACCCCACCCACACCCCACCCACACCCACCCAACCACCACACACCAACACCCACCUACACCCACACCCACCACCACACACCCACACCCAUACCCCACACCCAUCCAAAAUGCGGUUUCUUUCUAUGCUAUUUGAUCAUACUUCCGUUGACAUCAUAACGGCAAAGUCCUAAUAAGACUAGUUUUCCUAACAUGUGUAACGGUUACAGAAGUUCAUAUUGUCUUCAAUAUGCAUUCUUUUCUUGAUCUUUUCUGUGUUUUUCUUCUUUCCUUUAUUCUUUUCUCUCGCCUCGUCUGAGACUUUAUCAUUUAUCAUAUGUAUACAAAGGCACAUGCCUGUUUUGUGCAUGCGCCGUGUACCAUUCUACUCUAUAGAAAGUGAAAAAAGUAAAGUUAAAUCGAAUCUUAACACUCUUCAUUUUUGUUUUCCAUGGACAAAGAAAAUUUUUGUUUCUACAUUAAAGUGCGUACUGCACUGAAUAUUGAAGCAAGAACUAUUCACGACGAGCUAAGUGGUGUUUUUAGUGAUGAAGCUCCUUCUUAUCGAACAAUUGCAAGAGAGACUCAAUAGUUUCGUGAGGGUCGAGAAGAAAUUGAAGAUGAAGAACGAUCCGGAAGACUUGUAACUGAGAGUACUCUUGAAAAUAUUGAAGAAAUUCGUAGUAUUGUUAGUGAUGAUCCUCAUGUUACAAUAGCAGAAUUACAAGAGCAUACUGGACUAAGUUAUGGUACAGUUCAUAGAAUAUUAUCUGAUCAUCUGGAACUUAGAAAAAUUACUGCUCGUUACAUACCGAAACAGCUAAUGGAUUAUCAACGGAGUGAACGAGUUCGAAUAUGCAAAGAAAAUCUGUCAAGAUUUGAAGAAGGAAGAUGGCGUUAA